AUGGCCGAGGGCAGCCUCGGGUUUGUGGCGGCAACCCCGUCCCUGCCUGUUGCCCGAGCUCCUCGCAUUCAGAGGACGAGGUCCACAAAGCCCGAACUUCCCCGCGAUUCCUCUGGUAUCGUGCUGGGUGCUGCUGCGAGCCUCUGCGCUGCGACACUCUGCCGUCGUGACCGGCAGCGAGGUGGUGCUCGCAAUGUGCGCACUCUGCCAAGACCGGCAGAGCUCGGGACGAGGGGAACCCCAGCCCCCCAUGACCUGCUGCUGCGCGUGGCGCGGGGCGAGACAGGGGAGCACACACCCGUGUGGCUAAUGCGGCAAGCCGGGCGGUACAUGAAAGCCUUUCGGAAGUACUCGGAGAGAUAUCCAUUUAGGCAGCGCUCGGAGACGCCGGACAUGGCCAUCGAACUCUCGCUCCAGUGCUGGAGACAGUACGGCAUGGAUGGAGUCAUUGUCUUCUCGGACAUUUUGACGCCCUUGCCAGCUAUGGGCAUUAGCUUCGAUGUCGUGCGUGGACGAGGGCCCAUCGUGCUUGGUGACCUGGCGCGCACCCUGGAGGACCGCCUGCAAGACGGCCCCGGCCAGAUCAGGGAAGUCUCGAGCCACGAGGGCUUCAAAGACAGCCACGGCUUUUUGAAAGAGACGCUUCAGGCGCUGAGGAGCGAAACGGAGAAGAAGUGCAGCUUGCUAGGCUUUGUCGGAGCGCCCUGGACAUUGGCUGCCUAUGCAGUCGAGGCAGGUGGCACCAAAGAAGCGGCCGUCUUCAAGAAGUGGAUGUUCAGCAAACCCGAGGUUGUGGACGAAUUCCUCCGCCGGAUGACCGUAACGAUCAGCAAUUAUGCCAUCUAUCAGGUGGAAAGUGGGGCGCAGUGCAUCCAGAUCUUCGAGUCGUGGGCCCAUUGCCUCACACCCGAGCUCUGGAGACGGUUUGCUGCGCCCUGUGUGAAAGAGGUGGCGGCUACCUUGCGGCAGGCUUGUCCGGAUGUGCCGAUUAUCUACUUUGCCAACGGGGGCUCAUCCUUUUUGCAGGAUCAGGUCACAGAACUGGCUGAGCACAUAGAUGUCCUUGGUGUUGACGGGCACAUGCGCUUGGAGGAGGCCGCAAAGAUCGUAGACGGCACAGGGCUCAUCCUGCAAGGGAAUGUUGAUCCCUACAUCCUGCGAUACGGCAGCGAGUCGGAAGUCCGAGAGGCAGUCCGCAAGUCGAUCGAUGCAGUCGGAGGCCCUGGAAGGCACAUCCUGAACCUCGGGCACGGAGUCCUUCAGGGUACUCCUGAGGAGAACGUCCUGUACUUCGUAGAGGAAUCGCAGACAUACCGUGGAGCAUCAGAGGAGUACUCCUCUGCCGAGAAGGAGUUGUUGGCCGCAUAA